GUGUGUGUAAGAGAGAGAGAGAGAGAGAGAGAAAGAGACUGGCUUUUUUUCCUUUUUGCUCUUUCCCUAUUUCCUCUCUCUACAGGCGAGCAGAGCAGAGCGGGACUGAGUGAGAGGAGGACAGAGACACAGACGAGCGCAGACCAGAGCACAGCAACUCCACAAAGACAAGAGAGGAGAAGAGUUUGCAAGGAGAAAAUAAGAGAAGGAAAACAGCUUUUUUUUUGUUUUUUUACAUCAGCAAACUGUGGUGGAUAUCAUACCUACAUCAAAAGAAAUCUAGAAGAACACAAAAGGAUUUGCUUUGCUUCACAGAUAAAAGGAAAAUAUUAGCAUUUGUUAUAGUUUAAUUUUCUAUUUAUAUUCACCACAAAUAUAUAAUUAUUGCAGAGGAUUUGAAAGGUGUAUAAAGGACUCUUGGUUUUUGAAGACAAACAGGGAGACAAAGGUGGGCAGAGAGAGAGAAGUAGGUUUUUUUUUUUGAAGAAGAAGAACUGACUGCAGUGGUGGUGAAUAUGCCCGUUAGAGGAAACUGUUUUGGGGCAGGCAUGGGCAGGCUGGCCGGGCAGCCACUCUGGAUGUGGGUGGCGAUGCUCUCCGCUCUGCUCAUGGGCAAUGCCAGCGCCUGCCCAGCCCUGUGUACCUGCAGCGGCACCACAGUAGACUGCCAUGGACUGGGUCUCAGGACCAUGCCAAGGAAUAUCCCCCGCAACACUGAAAGACUGGAGCUGAACGGGAAUAACCUCACACGCAUCACCAAGAGUGACUUUGCUGGACUCAAGUACAUCAGAGUUCUGCAACUGAUGGAGAAUCAGAUUACUGUGAUCGAGCGUGGGGCUUUUGAUGACAUGAAGGAGCUGGAGAGACUGCGGCUGAACCGUAAUCAACUACAGCAGCUUCCUGAGAUGCUGUUUCAGAAGAACCCUGCCCUGUCUCGACUAGAUCUGAGUGAGAACUUCAUCCAGUCCAUCCCCCGAAAAGCAUUCAGGGGAGCCACAGACAUCAAAAACCUUCAGCUGGAUAAAAACCACAUUAGCUGCAUCGAGGAUGGAGCCUUCAGAGCUCUGAGAGGCUUGGAAGUACUAACGCUGAACAACAACAACAUAACCAGCAUCCCCGUUUCGAGCUUCAACCACAUGCCCAAAUUACGAACCUUCCGUCUCCACUCCAACAAUCUGAACUGUGACUGUCACCUGGCCUGGUUGGCCCAGUGGCUCAGGCAGAGGCCUACAAUUGGUCUAUUCACUCAAUGUACUUCCCCCACUGAGCUCAGAGGGCUCAAUGUAGCAGAGGUACAGAAACACGAAUUCAGCUGCUCAGGUCACCAGGAGUCUUCCAGCCUGCAGCCGUGCAGCGUCGGCGGAGGCUCGUGUCCCGCCAUGUGCACCUGCAGUAACAACAUUGUGGACUGCAGAGGGAAAGGUCUCACCGCUAUCCCAGCCAACCUGCCAGACAGCAUGGCCGAGAUACGUCUGGAACAGAAUGGGAUUAAGUCCAUUCCUCCCGGGGCCUUCUCUCCCUACAAGAAACUGCGUAGGAUAGACCUGAGCAAUAACCAGAUCUCGGAGAUAGCUCCUGAUGCCUUCCAAGGGCUGCGCUCCCUCAACUCCCUCGUGCUGUAUGGAAAUAAGAUCACUGACCUGCCCAAGGGAGUGUUUGACGGCCUCUACGCCCUGCAACUGCUGUUGCUGAAUGCCAAUAAGAUUCACUGCGUUCGUGCCAACACCUUCCAGGACCUGCAGAAUCUCUCGCUGCUAUCACUCUACGACAACAAGAUUCAAACCCUCGCCAAGGGCACCUUCACUUCACUACGAGCUAUACAGACACUUCACCUAGCCCAGAACCCAUUUAUUUGUGACUGUAAUCUGAAGUGGCUGGCAGACUACCUGCGCUCCAAUCCCAUUGAGACCAGCGGCGCCCGCUGCGCCAGCCCUCGCCGCCUUGCAAACAAACGCAUUGGACAGAUCAAGAGCAAGAAAUUCCGCUGCUCCGCCAAAGAGCAGUACUUCAUCCCAGGUACAGAGGACACCCGUCUGAAUAAUGCCUGCAACACUGAUCCAGUGUGUCCUCCCAAGUGCCGCUGCGAGUCCAACGUAGUGGACUGCUCCAACCUGAAGCUCACCAAGAUCCCUGAGCACAUCCCUGCGUCCACCAGUGAACUCCGCCUUAACAACAAUGAGAUCACCACUCUAGAGGCAACUGGAGUUUUUAAGAGCCUUUCCCAGCUUAAGAAAAUUAACCUCAGCAACAACAAGAUCACAGAGAUCGAAGAUGGGGCCUUUGAAGGUGCAUCGUCCGUCAUUGAGCUUCACCUCACGGCCAAUCAGAUCGACUCAGUUCGAAGCGGGAUGUUCCGUGGACUCGAGGGACUGCGUAUGCUGAUGCUGAGGAACAAUAAGAUCAGCUGUGUCCACAACGACAGCUUCACAGGCCUUCACAAUGUCCGUCUGCUGUCUCUGUAUGACAACCAGCUGACCACGAUAACUCCCGGGGCCUUCGACACUCUGCAGACCCUCUCCACCCUUAACCUCUUGGCCAACUCUUUCAACUGUGACUGCCGGCUGGCCUGGCUCGGUGAUUGGCUGAGGAGUAGGAAGAUUGUGACAGGUAACCCUCGCUGCCAGCGGCCAGGCUUCCUGAAGGAGAUUCCUCUGCAGGAUGUGGCUUUGCCUGACUUCCGCUGUGAGGAGGGCCAAGAGGAGUCAAGCUGUGUGCCCAGACCCCAGUGUCCCAGUGAAUGUACCUGCCUGGAGACUGUGGUGCGAUGCAGCAACAAGCACCUCCACUCGCUGCCCAAAGGCAUCCCCAGAAAUGUGACUGAACUGUAUCUGGAUGGAAACCAGUUUAGCGUUGUGCCAAAGGAGCUGUCUACCUUCAAAUACCUACAGCUGGUAGACCUGAGCAACAACAAGAUCAACACUCUGACCAACUCGUCCUUCUCUAACAUGAGCCAACUUACCACUCUAAUCCUGAGCUACAACUCCCUGCGUUGUAUCCCCAAAAUGGCCUUCAGUGGACUGCACUCUCUCCGACUGCUGUCUCUCCAUGGCAAUGAAAUCUCCGAGCUUCCUGAUGGCAUCUUCAGUGAUGUGUCCUCACUUUCUCACUUGGCAAUUGGUGCCAACCCUCUGUACUGCGACUGUCGUCUACGCUGGCUGUCUGACUGGGUGAAGACCAGCUACAAAGAGCCUGGCAUCGCCCGCUGCGCAGGGCCACAGGACAUGGAAGGCAAACUGCUGCUCACCACACCUGCAAAGAAGUUUGAAUGUACAGGAGAUGUGGACACUGCAGUGCUGGCCAAGUGUAACCCCUGUCUGUCCAGUCCCUGUCUGAACCAAGGCAUCUGUCACAGUGACCUGAUGGAGAUCUACAGGUGUAGCUGUCCUCCAGGAUUCAAGGGCAAGAACUGCGAGACAGCUCUGAAUGCCUGCGUGAGUAACCCGUGUGCCAAUGGAGGAACCUGCCAAGUGAAGGACGAGGAGGAAGGAGAGUACAGUUGCAUAUGUCCACUGGGCUUCGAGGGCCCCACUUGCCAAACCAACACUGACGACUGCGAAGACAACGACUGUGAGAAUGGAGCCACCUGCAUCGAUGGAGUCAACAACUACACUUGUUUUUGUCCCCCUCACUACACAGGGGAGAUGUGUGAAGAAAUGGAAGAUGUGUGUGCCCCAGGUCGGAGCCCCUGCAAACAUCAGUCUACCUGCCUCAUCACCUCCACUGGACCCAAGUGUGUGUGCUCUCCUGGUUAUGUUGGUGAUGACUGCAGUUUAGACUAUAAUGACUGUGAGGAGCAUCGCUGUCAGAAUGGAGCUCAGUGUAUGGAUGAGCUAAAUGGAUACUCCUGCGUCUGUCCUGAAGGAUACAGUGGUCAGUUGUGUGAGGUUCGCCCAUCUCCACUGUCCCUGUGUGAGCUGGCCGACUGCCAGAACAACGCACCAUGUGUGGAGCGAGGAGGACGCGCCCUGUGCCAGUGUCCUCCGGAGUUCGGGGGACCACGGUGCGAGAAGCUGGUCAGCGUCAACUUUGUUGAUAGAGACUCCUAUCUACUGCUGUCUGACCUCAAGAACUGGCCUCAAGCUAACAUCACCCUGCAGGUGUCAACAGCUGAGGAUAAUGGUAUCCUGCUGUACAAUGGAGACAAUGAUCAUAUUGCAGUGGAGCUCUAUCAAGGUCAUGUCAAGGUCAGCUAUGAUCCAGGCAGCCAGCCAGGACAUGCCAUCUACAGCACUGAGACUAUCAACGAUGGCCAGUUCCACACGGUGGAGCUGGUGACCUUUGACCAGAUGGUGAACCUGUCCAUUGAUGGGGGUCUCCCUACCACAAUGGACAGCUUUGGGGCGGUGCGGCCCCUCAACGGGGAGGCUCCGCUAUACGUGGGGGGCAUGCCAGUGGACGUACAUUCAGGCUCUUUCCGUCUCUGGCAGAUCCAGAACGGUUCCAGUUUCCAUGGCUGUAUCCAGAACCUGUACAUCAACAACGAGCUCCAGGACUUCACCAAGACCCAGAUGAAGCCUGGUGUGGUGCCGGGCUGUGAGCCCUGCAAGAAGAUCUACUGUGUACAUGGCAUCUGUCAGCCUGAUGGGGUCCAGGGACCAGUGUGCCACUGCCAGCCAGGCUGGAGUGGGCCGCACUGUGACCAACCUGCUACCAACCCCUGCCAGGGCAGCAAGUGCGUCCAUGGAAAGUGCAUCCCACUGGACACCCAGUCGUACCGCUGUGAGUGUGCAGAGGGUUAUCGCGGUGCCCUGUGUAACCAACAGGGGGAGCUGUUCAACCCCUGCCGACGUCUUUCUUGCAAACAUGGUCGCUGCCAGAUUUCAGACACAGGCGAUGCCUACUGUCACUGUGAAAGUGGUUACACUGGGGAACUUUGUGACGCAGAAUCUGAGUGUCGAGGGGAGCCUGUGCGAAACUUCUACCAGGUACAAAGAGGUUAUGCCAUCUGCCAGACAACACGCAUGGUCUCUUGGGUGGAGUGCACCGGAGUUUGCGACACUGGGGCCUGCUGCGCCAGCCAACGAAUGAAGCGUCGGAAAUACACCUUCGAAUGCAGCGAUGGAACCUCCUUCAGCGAGGAAGUGGAGAAGACCAUCAAGUGCGGCUGUGCGGGCUGCAUGUAGCACCAUUCACUCACAUUUCCUGCUGCUGCUGCCGAGCAGAAGGUAGAAAGAAAGGAAGGAAGAAAGGAAGAGAGAGAGAGGACUGGAGGAAAGUGAGGGAAGGAAAGAAAGAAAGAGAGAGAGAGAGAAGAUUAUAAAGAGUAUAUAUAAAACCUCUAUCUAUAUAUUAUGGACAACAGUGUUUGUAAAAUAGGACAUUUCCUCCCCUUCCAAGGGUGUGUGACCAGUAACACAGAGAAACCAACAUCAUGGCAACAAUGUAGAAGUGACAUCAACUGCAACAAAACCAUUGUAUUUGCAACAUUGUUCCAAGGGGUCCAGAGAUUUCAAAGGUGUUGCAUUCAGCGUGAGGCAUCCCUCCAACCCAAAUUACCCAGUGUGAAUUCCCCAUCCAUCUGAGAGGCCUCUGACAGCCUAGCCACCAUCUACCAUCUUUACUUCGUGGAGGCAGUGAGGACAGUGGAGUCCAGUCCGGCUAAGAAUGGCAGAAGCAAGGCAGAGAAAGACAAAAAGAGAGAAACAGAGGGAUGAGAAGAGAGCUGGACCGUUUGACUUGGCAAAGCUAUCUUGAGUUGAGCUUGGCUGGGUUACCUGGACUGGGCUGGAUAUGGUUUGGGUUGAGUUAAAGUUGGUGUUGGUUUGGUGUAGCAAUUUCUCUGCCAGGAUACAGUCAUCCAUCCACACAUGCACAUGUAGAAGUGAACAAAGAAAAGGUAGGGUUAGAGUGGCACAUAAUCCCGUGCGGAUGUCGUGGCUUGGAGGCCAGGUGGUCUGGUGUCACAGUUGUUUGCUGUGAAGUACCGCAACAUAGAAAAUACAUAAAAAUAGAGACUGCACUGACUAGCAGCACUGAAAAUGACAGUCAUACACCUCUCUGAAGUACAUGAUCACACAUGCAUGACAUACAUACAUUUACACACAGGCCACUGACGCUUGUAAAAGUGCAAAGGGCUUGUGUGGUCCAACUAUCUGUUCUGUUCAUACAGCAAACCAGUCUGGCGCUGGCAGUGCCCAGUGGUUAUCACUCCCCCAGCAUACAUUGCCUCAGGGUUAGGAUGAUUUGCAUAAUCCCACCCCCUUUGAGCAGGAGGCUGUGAAGUCCCGCUCCUCUUAAUGCCUGCAGUAUUAAACUUGUGCAAACUGUUGCAUGUCUGGAGAACAGUUUGCCAACAAAUAUUUAGAGUUUCUUAAUAUCAAUAUAAAUGUUAUUACAAAACAAAAGGUUGCAGAAUCAUCUUCUAAUUUUUGUUUUGUUCUGUCUAAUUUCUUAUAUUGAUUUGUUUUUAUUUUUGUUAUAUUUUGUGUCAUGAUGUAACCUAACUCCUUUAGCCGCCCCAACCCCCAAUCCUCCCCAACAACCCUUUAUAUAGAAAUGCCUAACAGAUUCUAAUAUAUAUAUAUAUUUGUAUUUCAUUUUGGUAUAGUAUUUUUCUAUGUUAAAGAGGAAGUCUGUUUCUGGAAGCUUUGGGACUUGUGGAAAGGCAUUCAGUUGGUUCCCUAGGUGUUUUUAUUUGUUGAUCUCACUUACGCCAACAAGGUAAUUAAUUACGUUAAUUGGCCAAAAAUACAGCAGCUGGUUGGCCUUGUUGUAUAGGAGGCAGUAUUGGUCUAGAAAUAUGUUUAAUAUUGUAUAUGUUGUCUUCCAUGUGAAUAUUACAUCUAAUUCAUGAGAGUCUGUGCUUGUUUUUAUUUAUUUUAUCUAAAGGCGUUUUCCUGUAGAACGUUAAAGGCAUAAAUGUUGCUGUCUUUCAGAUAUUUGCAAAAAUUUCAAAAAGAUGAAAAAAGGUAAAAUUAUGAGUAAAAAGAGCAUAAAAAUAAAAGGUAUUUGUAACAUCACUUACCCACGAGUUAUGACAGUGUUUUCCUCCUCUCCGGCUUAGACAUUCCUCGUUUGCUGCAAGAGCUGGAGAGGUCAGAUCUGGGAUUAAGACAUGUCCCCCCUCAAAUUUACCUUGUAAUUACCAUAACACUUAAAGGCUUCUGAGGCUUGUUUUCAUGUUCAUUUUGUUGAAGUUCUGGGUUGUAUUUCUAUCAUUUUAAUUGGAGAGAUGUUUGCCGUAGAAAGAAGGGGUUUUUAGUUCAACAAAGUUAAAGUAGUCAAGCUCAUCUGAUCAUAAGCUGCUGUCAAGCCAGAAGAAAUAGGAUGAAGUUGCUUCUGUGGACAAUGAUCAUGUUAAGAUAUAUCAUCCUAGUUCUAGCAACUGUGUGAAGCAUUACAUGCCUAGCACUGACAGAUAAUAAAUGAAAAUAAAUGGUCUGGACAUUUCAAUGUCUGUCAGCUCUGGCUGGCUAUCUACACACAAAAAAAGAAGAAAUGGUGCCAAUUACAGUGAACACAACAGUCAUACCUGAAUGUAUAAAUGUGUAUAGAUAAAUAUGACCUAUGCUUAUUCAUGAAGUGGUAACUUUUAGCUGUAAUUUAGUUUCCGAUGUAAGAUAUAGAAAUCACAUACUGUUCGAUAAGUGACAGUCCAUCAGGAUAGCUUAAGGCAUUGUUCUCCCUGCAGACUGAGACUGCGUUUAUCCAUUUUGCUGAUCUAAAUGUUAAAAGUCUCUUUAUAGUGUGAAAGGCUGCAGACCCAGAUCUCAGCUUGGUACAAUGCACACAGAGCUCCUAUUCAUAUUGCUACUCAUGUUGACUUUGUUUUACAUGCCGAUGUUGUGAUGCCAGUGGUGUACAAUAACAUUAAAAGAAGAUCUCAUAAAGGAUACUGGUGAACAGUCACUGUAAUUCUUAGGCUGUGUACCUCAUAAAGGUGCAUCUUUAGUCGAAUGUGGCUUUCUUUUCAUGUCUCCUUUCCUUCCUCUGCACUGAUCUGUACUGGACUGGUGCAUUCAACUUCCUGGUAGACAUCUUAGUGGUGCUUGUGCUAUAUUGAGAUGUAAUUCAGUUACCUGGUCACAUGACCAGAAAAACACAGAUUUUUCCAUCCUAUGAACUAUAUACAUAAAUAUGUUAUUGUAAAUGACACAAUGUCUCUGUUGUAUUGAACUGGUGCAAAAACUAUAUCCCUGGUUGGGUUCUGUCUGUUUGCUUUUUGUUACAGGAUUGAUGGUGGGAUUAAACUGAAAAACUCCCAAUGCUGAAUGUAUGUAGUGCCACCGACAAAAUGUUUACCAAACCUCCACUCUUUUUCAUUAAUUAAACUUAAAUGUGUGUGCUUUUAAGAA